AUGUCCUCUGCAGCACCGCUGUCUCCCCAGCACUUAGAAGCGUUACUAGACAUACUUGUCCACUAUGAGACCUAUUCGGAAGUCGAGGGAUUCAAAGACCCUGGGGCCAUUGACCAUUACGGAUAUCCCUUUGACAAGGUUGCCUCCAAAAAGAAGAAUAAUGGGGCUAAAAGGUCAUCGUCACCCUUACUCCAGCUCCUCCUCACAAGGCUUGUGUUACCGAUACCCGCUAUCAGAGAUCUACCACGUGAAUUCUGGUCCACUAAAUUCCGCCUUAUGAUGAGGCGGCUUGGAGAAGCAGAAUUUUCAGAAAGCUACGAUAAAGGGACGCUAGGAAGUAGAAAGCGGCUAGCCUCAGUCGCGUCAGUUGUCCAUGAAUGCGUAACUAGGGGUCUCUUAAGCGGCGUGCCUAAUGACGGGCUGCCGGAUCUCCAAGGAAGCUAUGAUUUGCGUGUUGCAAAGGAUCUUGUCAGGGCCUGGGAUGAUGUGACCCGACAUCUGGUCCAUGGGAACUUGAUUGAUCAGCUUUUUGACCAAUUCACCAAGACAGCAAAUAUUGAAGACCAUUCAGUAGCAGUCGAGGCUUCUGUGGAACUGGCAAUCCUCUAUGUAGCCACGUUCCUCCACCAUCUCUUUGUCAUAUCAGCUGAAGGUCCUUACUUACUGAAGCUCCUUGACAAUGUCCACAGCCUAAUUCCCUAUACCGUGGUAGGACAGACACUACGUGUUGGAAACGCAGGAACCAUGAUUAACGCGAUGAUCAGGCUGUUCCUAGCAAAGGUGAGUGUUGGGGCAUUGUCGAAUUGGCUCGGGUUGACACAGAACGCUGCUGACGGCAUGAACUUGAUGCAGAGAAUCAUAUCUUUGGUUCUAGAGUGGGAUACCAGUGACUUCCGUAAGGCCACCGAAGCUAUUAAGCGAAGUAAAAAUGGACCUACUGAUUCACAAUUGGCCGCGAUCGACGAGCAUCUACAAGCUCCUAGAGAAAAGCACGAAUCGAUCCGCGAGUCUAGUAAGCAGGUCGAAAAGUCAAUCGUCAUUGCCAUCCUGGAGGACAAAAACCCAGACUUAAUCCGAUCUCUUUCGGAGUCACAGCAUACUCAGUGUUUAGAGUACUACUCUGCCCAGCUCGCAAUACGCGAUAGACAGAAGAUCAUAGACGCUCUGUGCCGCCAGAACCCAGACCUAACAACUUCACUCGUGCGAGAUGCAGUUGCCGUUUUCGAGCCCAUGAUUCGCGCCAUUCAUAAAAAUGUAGAUCUGCGGAAACACAUUGGCUCGAUCGAAAGAUUCUUAACGGACUUGAUAGAGACAAGUAAGCCGAAGAAACAGGAUGACGGACAGGGCCAGGGCCUGGCCAAGAAACGCACCGUUCCUCCAUCUGUGGAAGACUACGUUGCUCUGUUGAAACGCAACCGCCUCUUAGCCUACGAUUACCUAUAUGACUUUGCCAAGGGGUGUCCGGAUCUACGGGUAACCUGGCUUGGCUGGGUCAAGAGCAGUCUCAGAUUCUUUGGACAGACCCCAGACAGCAACAGCAAAACUGUACCUACGGAAAUGGGGGCAAGUAGUUCGGCUGGUGCUGGGGCAAUGGACAAGCAUCUACAAGAUCUCUUUGAUACGCUCCCAGAAGAGCGGCGUACUGCUGCCCAGUCCGUCAUUGAUGAGCACGCCAAGUAUCUUGCUACUUUGGAGGAGAUAUCGAACGAGCGAAUGCAAAAGAUUCUCGAUAAAAUGCACAACCAAGAGAAAAAGAGCAGCGGGAACAUGAGCGGGCCCGGUGUUUACAUAACACGUUGGCACUGCCUAUUGGACGCGACAGCCGUCACGCCCAGGACACCAAGAGGCCCGCCUAGGAAAGGGAAGGACGUCAAGGGUUUGAAAGCUUUGGGUAAGACGGAGGCCGUAGCCAGUUCAGAAACUUGGAAUCCAGAGGAGAUUGCUGGGCGGGAGCCAAUUACGCAGCCUGAACCGCCCGACGUCUCGGUGGUGGUAGAGGCUCUGGGUUCUCAAUUCCAAGCAUUGGUUGCAAACAUCUCUGGCCAAGGACUUACGACGAAGUAA